CUUCCGAAACCAAAAUCCCCAAUUCCGGAAAUUCGCAGAGCUUUCGAAUCAUCAAUGGCUUCCACUUCUAGAGUUUCACUGGCCCUGCCAUUGACUACCGCCACCCACAAGAGACUAUCCAACCACGCCUUCUUCAAUCCAUUGCCUGCUUCUCCUUCCUCAAGGUAUCGCAAGGCCAUCGCCGCCGCGCCGACAUCCAACGGGAGGCUCGUCGCAGUCCGAUCGUCCUUAAAGGAGAAGGCCAUCACUGGAGUUAGCGCCGCCGCUCUGACGGCCUCGAUGGUGAUUCCGGAGGUUGCAGAGGCUGCAGGACCUGGAGUCUCCCCGUCGUUGAAGAACUUCUUGCUCAGCAUUGCUGCCGGUGGAACUGUGGUGGUGGCAAUAUUGGGUGCUGUGAUAGGCGUCUCCAACUUCGAUCCGGUAAAGCGUGGUUGAGUUGUAAUUUUCUUCUUUCACCUAUAAUUUUCUUCAUUUCCUACUUCUCCUCUCUCUCACCUGUUUAAUAGUCCAUUCAUCCAUGGCGCU